AUGUCGGACAUGAUAGAGAUCACCCCGAGAGAGCCGGAGAUACGCGGCGUGCGGUUACAUCACGCGUAUCGCGCGUCCGUCACGCUGCGGAAUCUGACGCGAAACGCGCUCGAGCUCACCGUCCGCGCGGGGUCGCCCGAGCGAUGGGCGGUCGCCCCGGCGUCGAUAUUCCUCGAGGCCGGACGCGUCAUGAAGGUAGACCUGCGAUUGAAGCUCGUCCGCGAGAUGCGGCCGCGGCGGCAGGCGGGCGGCGCCGGACGCGUCGGCGCGGACGCCGCGGACGCCGCGACGCAGCGCGACGUCUUUCACGUCAAGACCGAGUACGGCGAACAGCGAUUCCACGCCGCGUUCACGAUGGCGACGAAAGAGGAGAUCGCCGCGAUCGAGGCGAGAGAGAAAGAUAAAGGGCCGGGGUAUCAUCACGACGAGGAGGAGCGCGCGAGGAGCGCGUCGCCGCUGCCGACGAGCCGCGGCGGCGGCGGCGACGACGCCGCCGCCGCUGCGGCGUCGGCGGAUGCCGACAGACGCGCGCGGUUCGCGUCCGCGCCGCCCACGAGCCGACGCGGCGCGGAGCGCUACGACGACGACGACGACGACGACGACGACGACGAGCGUCAUCGCGCGGGCGGCGGAGGAGGACGCGGCCGCGCGCUGACGCGCGACCGCCCGCCGUUCUCGCAUCAUCAUCAAUCUCGUCAUUCCGAAUCCGCGCGCAUCACGAAGAAGAAGGUCGACGCGUUGACGCGACGGCUGUCCUCCCUGGAAGACGCGCUGUCGCUCAAGGACGCGCUGCUCGCGGAUAAGGAAGAACUCGUCCGCGCGCUGCGGUCGCGCGCGGAGCUCGCGCGGGAAAGGGAUGGGACCGACGAGGAAAACGGCGACGCGUCGACGUCGUCCCCGCCGGAGGCCCUGGCGGCGGCGCGCGCGACGGCGGCGGAGCUCCAAGGCGCCAACGCCGCGCUCCGCGGGCGAUGCCAAGAGCUCGACGGCGAAGUGAACGCGACGCGGACGGAGUGCGACGCCCUCAAGGCUCGUCUGGACGCGCUGCAAGGGACGCGCGCGCCGCAACUGGCGGACCUCGUCUCCGCGGCCAUCGCGCACGAGCGAACCGCCGACGCGCGAGAGGCGCUCGAGAGCGCGAACCGAAAGAUCGCGACGGCGGACGACGCGCGCCGCGCGCUGGAAGAGAAGACGAACGUCAUGGAGGACGACGUGCGCCGCGCGUCCACGACGAGCAAACGAUGCGCGGCGCUCGAGGAGACGAACGCGUUUCUUCAAGCGGAGGCGGGCGCCGCGAGGGACGCGCUGCGCGCGGCGAAGGAGGAGACGGACGCGUUGAAGAUUUCGCUUCGAGAGGCGAUUCGCGCGCGCGACGACGAGCGCAUCAAACUCACGUCGCAGAUCGAAGCGUUGGAGAAGGAGAAGCUCGCGAUGGAGUCGGCGUCGCUUCUGGACGGCGCGAGGAAGACCGCGGAGCUCGCGCGCGCGCACGUGGAUCUCGCGUCCGCGUUGGACGGGAAGCGCGCGUCGAAGGCGGUGGAACCCGCGCCGUGGCCGCCGCCGCCGCGAGCGAACGAGGACGCGGCGUCGUACCUCGCGCGAAGCGCGGUGGCCGCGAACGGCGCCGUCCCCGGCGCGGAGAUGGCGCGCGCGGCGGCGGACGACGGCUCGUCCGACGGGUCGGCGGCGGCGGCGGCGUUUAUCCCCCCGACCAAGGCGUUCCACGUGACCCCCGCGCUCGUGUCAUCCUCCGCGCCCGAGAAGGUGGUCGCGGAGGUCAAGAAGCUUCAGAAGGAGCGCGACGGCGCGUUCGCGGCGAUCGACGCCGCGCGCGCGGAACUCGCCGAGGCGAAGGCGUUCGCGCGCGGCGCCAAAGCUUCGCUCGUCGCCGCCGCCGCUCGCGCGGCGUCGGGCGCCGUCGUCGACGCCGCCGGCGAAGGCGAAGAGCCCCCCGCGCCGUCGUCGUGGGUCGACGCGGGGCGCCACGCGGCGGAGAUGGCGUCCAUGGAACUCCACGCCGCGGAGUUGGCGUCCGAGGCGCGGCUCAGAGAGGGCGACUUGAGGCGGAGAGCGGCGCAGGCGGAGGCGGAUCACGCGGCGGAGACGGAGUCGCUUCGCGCGGAACUCGCGGCGCUGCGCGAUCGCCUGAGCGUCGACGUCCGCGUCGCGCGGAUGGACCAGUCCGCGGCCGCGGGGGGGGAGAGGCAGAGCGCGGCCGCGCUCGCGCACCGCGCGAGGACCGCGGAGGCGGAGGUUGCCGCGACGAGGGCGCGUGCGGAGGAGCUGGAAGCCGCGUUGGCGCUCGCGUCGGCGUCGGCGAAGAGCGCGCCCUCUCCGUCCGUCGCGAAGAAAUCGACGCCCGCCUCGGGGAAAACGCAAACGCAAACGCCGCCCUCGAAGCCGCCGCCGGCGAUCGCGACCGUAGAGUCGCGACUCGCGUCCAGGGUCAGCGAGCUCGCGUCGCGCGCCGAAGCCGCGGACGACCGGGUGCUACGGCUCGAGGACGAACUCCGAGCGGCCGGCGUCCCGGUCCCGCCGCCGGGCGCCUCGCGCGGGCGCUCCUCGUCGGUCUCGACGUCCGGCGCCGCCGCGGGCGCGGGCGCGGGCGCGGCGACGUCGCACGCGCGCGCGAGAGAGAGCGCGAAGGACGACGCGCGCCGCUCGGAAGCCGCGACGAGCGCGCUGCGAGCGAAGCUCGGCGACGCGGCGCGAGACGUGACCACCGCGGAGCAGAGAUUGGCGCGGGAGCGAGUGCGGUGGGAAAACGAACGCGCGCGGCUAGAGAGCAAACUCCGCGCGACGCGCGACGACGGCAGCGUCAAGGCGCAGGCGCUGGAGGCGACGAUCAACGCGCUGCGGUCGCGGUCGGGCUUACACGCGGAGGUGGCGCGGUUAGGGGACGAGGCGACGGCGCUGCGACGCGCCGAGAGCCGGCUGCGGCACGAGCUCUCGUUCGCGGAGGAGCGACUCGGCGCCGCGCUUCUCGAGUUGAAACGUCUCAAGGGCGGUUACGGUCACGACGACGACCAGCCCGACGACGCGCUCGCGAUCGGCGCGGCCGCGGCCGCGGCGGCCGCCGCGGAGGGCGCGCUCGAACGCGCGCAGGACCGCGUCGUGACCCUCGAGAAGGACGCCGUCAGGGACCGCGCGGAGAUUCGAAGACUCAGGCGCAGCCGCGCGUCGGAGGCGGACGCGCGCGCGGCGGCGGCGCGAGAGGAGGCGAGAGACGCGCGCGGCGAGUGCGCGAGGAAGAUCGCCGCCGCGGACGCGAAGCGCGCGACCGCGCAGAGAGAGCUGGACGCCGUCGCGGAGCGCGUCGCGAGCGCGGAGGCGGAGCGCGACGCGGCGCGACGCGAACGCGAGAAGCUCGCCGCCGCGGUGGACGAACGAGGCGCGCAGCUGCACAUCCUAACGGAAACCGUGGAGGCGUUACAAGCCGCCGCGGGCAGCGGCGACAGAGAGCAACGCAUCGUCACGCUCGCCGCGCAGGCGGCGACGUCGAGAGCGAGCGAAGCCGCGCUCGAGCGUCGCUGCGCGGAGCUCGUGGACGCGUCCAGAGCGCACGCGUCGGAGCGAGCGGCGGCGGAGCGGAGAAUUCUGGCGUCGGAACGCGCCGUCGUCGCCGCGGAGGCGUCCGCGCGCGAAGCGAUCGCGCGCGAGGAGCUCGCGCGCCAGGAAGCCGCCGCCACGAGGGCGUCGGAGACGUCGCGCGCGGAGGAGCUCGCGACACUCGCGCGGAACGCCGAGCGCGAGGCGUGCGCGGAUCGCGUGCGCGCGGUGGAGAUGAACGCCGCGCGCGCCAUCUCCAUGGCGAUGACGUCCGGCGGCGGCGGCGGGGGGCGCCCGGGCGUCUCCGAGCGCGACGCCGGGAAGGCGGCGACGAUGGACGCCGAGGACGCGGACCUGGCGUUCGCUGACGCCGCGGCGGCGCGCGAGCGCAUCGAGCGGUCGCUCGACGACAUCGUCGACGUCGCGAAGACGCGCGCGGCGUUCUACCGAGCCGCGUUAAACCGAGCCGCGAAGCAGGGCGUCGUCGUCGACGAUAAGGCCAAGAGGACGACCGGCGGUGGCGACGGAAAGGCAAAGGCGAAGAAGGGAGGGAAAGAAAACGCGCCGGGCGCGGCCGUCGCGCCGCCUCCCGGCGACACCGCCGACACCGCCGAAACCGCCGCCGCCGCCGCGGACCCGUACGGCGACAACGAGUGGUCCGCCGCCGUCGUCGCGCGACUCCGCGCGCUCGUCCUCGAAGCCGAGCGCGAAGUCGGCCGCGCGAUGUGCGCCGCGCGGUGCGCCGCCGCGGGAGAAACCGCGGCGAACGCGCGCGCCGCCGCCGCGGAGGCGGCGCUCGACGCGCGGACGGCGGCGUGGGAGGAGGCGACGGCCGCCGCCACCGCCGCGGAGGAACGCCUCGCGCAAUCCCUCGCCGCCGCGGGGAGACGCCUGAUCGCCGCGGAGGCGGCGACGGUCGCGGCGACGCGCGCGGCGCGCGCGGAGACGGCGCGCGCGGAGGCGGCGCUUCGCCGCGCGCGCGCCGCCGAACGCGACGCGGCGGGCGCCGCCGCCGACGCCGCCGCCUCGCGCGAAGAGCUCGCCGGCGCGCCGAGCGCGUCGGACGCGACGGAGGACGUCAAGGCGUACUUCGAAUCCGAGGUGGUCAAAUCGCUGCUGAUGGGCGGCGAGUACGGCCUCGGGAGCGAGCUCACCGGCGCGGCGCAUCACGUCGCCGUCGCGCGCGCGGCGGCGGGGGAUAACAAAGACGCGCGGCUCAUCGGCGUCACGCGCGAGCUCUGCGCGGCGAAGCUCACGGAGCGGCACCUGCUCGCGUCGCUGGCGGCGGCUCGGCGACGAGGCGACGCCUCCGCGGUUCGAUGCGCGGAGCUGAAGGCGGCGCUGGACGAGACGGAGCGCCGCGCGACGGAGCUGGAGCGCGGCGGCGGGCUCGGACUCGGACGGGAGACGACGACGACGACGGGAGCGGGAGCGGGAGCGGGAGCGUCCGCCGAGUCAUCAGUCCCCGCGUCGGUCGACGGCGUCGAGUGCCUCGCCGCGCAGCUCGCGUCCAAGGCGCACGACGCGUUCGUCGCGCAGGAGGACGUCCUGAGACUUCGUCAGCGGAUCGCCGAGCUCGAGCUCGAGGUGGCCGACCUCGCCGGCGCGCGAGAGGCGGCGGCCGCGGCGGCGACGGCGGCGAGAGAGGGCGCGCGCGCGGACGUCGCCGCCGCCGCCGCGCGCGACGCCGAAGCGUUCGCAGCGAGAGCCGCCGCGCUGCGUCGCGACCUCGAACACGAGAAGGCCACGUCGCACGCGGCCGUUCGCGAGGCGCAGGCGAUGGCGCAGAAGACGCGCGCGGAGGCGGCGGUCGCGGUCGCCGCCGCGACGGAGCGCGCGGACGACGCGGAGCGGCGCGGGGACGUCGCGGAGGCGAGGGGCGCGGGGGAGGCGCGCGCCGUCGUGGAGGAUGAGAUUUUGGCGUUGGAGGCUUCGAGGGCGAGGGCGGAGGCGCGCGCGGGGAAAGCGGAAGCUCGCGCGGCGGAGGCGACCGCGCGGUGCGACGCGCUCGAGGACGAGGUGAAGCUCAAGAACGACGCCGUGGAGUCGCUGCGCAAGGCGUUCGCGACGCUCGAGCGCGAGGUUGGCGGCGGGGGCGGGAACGCGACGACGAAAAUAUCGGCGUCGGCGAAAAAAUCAACCACCAAGUCGCCCGACGCCGCCGCCGGCGGCGCCGUCGGCACCGCGCAGACGACGCUCGGAAGAAAACUCGUCGAGGCGAAGCUCGCGGAGGCGGACGCGCAGAGGAAGCUCCGCGCGGCGCAGCGCGCGGAGACGGAGCUGCGGGACAUCGUCGCGAAGCGCGACCAACGCGUGGAAGCGUUGAAGCGGCAACUCGUUGAGAAAAAUAAACGCAUCCGCGACGCGCGUUGGGCGGCGCCGCAGCCAGCUGUGAAGACGGCGAUCAUCAAGACCGCGCGCGCGGAGGCGGCGACGAGGGAGGCGAGGGAGGCGAAAGACGCGGCGGCGCGCGCGGCGGCGAAGGAAGCGACGCGCGGCGCGGGCGACGACGACGACGACGACGACGACGCGUCCGACGCCGGCGCCGGCGCCGGAUCCGGGGACGAAUUCGACCGCGCGAGGUUCGAGUCCGAACGCGCGAAGCUCCGCGCGGAGCGCUCGCGCGCGGAGGCGGAAGUCGCGCGCCUCACCGCGGAGCUCCGCGCGCACGUCGCGAGCGCGCCGACGACGGAGGAGAUGGAGGCGCUCCAAGGCGAGGUGUUGGCGCUCAGACGCGCGGCGGCGGCGACGAAAAAGUUUACGUCGGUGAGCGAUCCCCACGAGCUCCAGGCGGACGUCAACGCCGCCGUCGUCGCCGCCGCCGCCGCGCUCGGGAGCGCGGCGCAGAGUCAUAACGCGUCCUCGCGCGCGCGCGCCGCCGCCGCCGCCGCGGAGACGCCGCCGAAGCCCGGCAGCGCGGCCGCCGCGGUGGCGUCCCUCGCGCGCGCGCUCGACGAACAGCGGCGUCUCGCCGCCAAGGCGCGCGUGGACGAGGCCGCCGCCAAGCGGACGCUGCGGGAAUCCGGGAAGGAGAAGGCCGCCGCGAUCGCGGAGGAGACGGCGCAGCGCGCGGUCGUGCGCGAGCUCACGCAGCGCGCGAGCGCGCUCGGGCGCGACAAGGCUGAGCUCGUGGACGAGCGCGACAAGCUCAAAGAGCGAUUGCGCGCGACGCGCGCGUCGCACGGCGGCCGCGGCGCCGGCCGCGCCGCCGCCGACGCCAGCGCGCAGUGCGGCGAAGGCCAGGGCGAUGUCCGCCUCGUCGACGCGAGAGCGCUCGCGUCGCUGCUCUCGCAGCAGCUCGACGGCGGGUUCACGCCCGCGUCGGCGUUCGUGUCGGACCGCGCGCGCACCGACGCCGACGCGGAGACGGCGCGCGUCGCCAACGCGCUCUCCGUGGAGACCGCCGCGUUGCGCGCCGUCGUGUCCGCGCUGGCGUCGGACGAGCACGACCGGUGCACGCCGACGGAGCUCGUGACGCGCGCGGCGACCGCCGCGAUGGCCGCGAUGCCGUCCGCGCCGCUCGUGCACACGGUGUCGCCGUCAGUCGUCGCGACGGCGAUGGCGGUGGCGCCGUUGGCGGCGGAGCGCGCCGUCGCGGGCGCGGGCGGGGGCGCGUCGUUCGCGCCGCCGCCGCCCGUCGCCGCCGCCGCCGCGCACGACAAGGGCACCGACGUGGACGGGCUGCGCCCGCUCUGCGUCGACGCCGCGACGGAGGCGCGCGCGAUGACGACGGAGACGCGCUCCGGUCCGGACCCCGGAGGCGUCGGGUCGACGACCGCGCCGAGGGACGCGAGCACGAGCCCGGGCGGGGAGGCGAAGAUGGUCGACGGGACGGGGCGCCGCGCGUAUUACAUCUCCAGGGUGGACACCGCGACGAGCGGCUGCGACGCGAUCGCGCUGACGUUCGACGCGGGCGUGAGCACGGAGCUGCAAGGGGACGCCGCGGCGAACCUGACGACGCUCGCGGAGAUUGGCGAACGCCGCGGGAAGGAGGUGGCUUCGUUGGAGAAGCGUUUGGCGGCGGCUUCGGAAAAAUGGAAAAAGUGGAAGGCGCGGUGCGACGGGUUAAAGUCGGAGCUCGCGACGUCCACGGAGCGCGCGGCGGCGCUCGAGCGCGCCGCUUCAGGCGACGUCCGCCUGGGUCACGCGGACUACCAUUACGCGGAGACGGCGUCGGACCGCGACGCGCCCGCGGCAGCGUAUGCGGCGCGACGCCGCGUCGCCGAGCUGGAGGCGCUUCUCUCGAGCGUCGACGGCGCCGGCGCGGCGGCGGCGACGGCCGCGCGCGCCGACGCCGACGCCGCCGUCGCGCGGCUGCGCGCCGCGGAGGACGAGACGCGCGUUUUGGUGGACGAGAGGGACCGACUGAAGCGCGAGCUCGACGAGAGGGACGACGAACACGCGCGAAUGAUCGCCGCGAUGCGGAGCACGAUUCGCGGGAUGCGAAACGCGAGCCCCGCGGACCGCGCGGCGUACCUCGAAGCGUUGCGUCUGCACGCGGAGAGCGGCGUCGGCUCUUCUAAGGGUCCCUCGUCGUCGAACCCUAACCCUAACCCUACGCCUCGGGACCCUAAACCCUCCGCACACGCGUCGAAGGACGCCGCCGCGCUCGUCGUCAAGGGCGUCAAGAUGGCGGAGCGCGUCGUCGACGCCGAGCGGCGGAUGGAGAAGGCGUUCGCGGUCACCGCCGCCGCGCUCGACGCCGCGGAGACGGGCGCCGCCGCGUUCGGCUCUCGCGCGUCCGAGCAAGCCGCCGCGCUCGCGACCCGCGUCGACGACGCGCGCGACGCCAUCGCGCUCGUCGCGAAGAAGGCGGAGCAGCUCGAGGCUGAGGCGCGUUCUAUACACUGGUUCCCAUACGACCGCGUUCGCGUGGCGAAGCACGGGGAGAUCGCCGCCGCCGCCGCGACGCGUUGGCGGCACGUGGCGCGGUGCGAACGGUACCGCGAGCUGCUGCGGAAGUUGCGGGAGGAGCACGAGGAGGAGCUCGCGCGGGCGAGCGCGGCGCUCGACGCCGCGCGUUUGGAGGUCGAGGCGGCGCGCGCGGAGGCGCUGGAGGCGCGCGGGAAGGCGGAGCGAGCGGCGAACAUGCGACCGUCCGGCGACGACGCGGCGGCGACGGAGGCGUACAAGGCGUCGAAAGAGACGCAGCUCGACGGCCUCCGCGCGGAGAUCGCGCGUCUGCAAGCGCACGUGGAGACGCAGACGCGCGAGUUGAGAGCGACGAAUGCGAAGCUGGCCGACGCGGAGGCGGCGACGAAGGCGUCGAGAGACGCGUCGAAACCGACGAAACCGGAGGCGUCGAAACCGACGAAACCGGAGGCGUCGAAACCGGAGGCGUCGAAACCGAAGCCGUACGCGCCCGCGUACGACGCCGCCUCGCUGACCGUCGCCGCGGAGGCGUCCGACCUCCUCGAGCGUUUUUUCGCGCUGGAGUCCAACGCGGACAAGAUCGCGCUCCUGGAGUCGCGCCUCGCGACGAAAGCGGACGCGGCGGCGGCGGCGAGUCGCGCCGAGGUCGCCGCGGAGGACCGCCGCCGCAAGGCGGAGUCGCGAUGCGUCGCGCUCAAGCUGCGGAUCUCGGAGCUCGAACAGAAGGUCAACGACCCGUCCGCGAACUGGGACGCGUUCGCAGACCUCCGCGAGAAGCUCAGCGAGUCUGAGGAGAAGCUGAAGCGCGCCAGGGCGGACGUGAAGCGCAUGCAGGCGCUCGCGGGCGCCGCGCGCGCGCAGACGGAGGAUUUCAAAAAGGAAAAGAGCCGACGCGUCGAGCUUCACGCGCAGCUCGCGGAGGCGAAGGCGAAGGCGAAGGAGCUCAAACACGAGCUCCAGCGCAAGGACGCGUUCGCGAGGGAGCUGAAAUCGAAGCUCGAGAGCGCGGGCGUCGCCUUCUCCGGCCGCGGCGCCGCCGCCGCGGAGGAGGCGGCGGCGACGGAGGAGGCGAGGCAAAAGCUCGCGCGAGCCGAAGCCGCGCGCAAGGACGCGCUCAUCGCCAAGCUGCGAGGCGACGGCGGCGACGUGGACGACAAGGUGGCCACCGCGGUCGCGAGCGCGAUCGCGGAGGAGCAGCAGCGCGCGGCGGAGAGCUCGAAGCGAAUGAAACGCGAGCUUCAGCGCAAAGACGAAGCGCUCAAAGCGCACGAGGGACGCGUCCAGACGUUGCGGGAUGAGGCGCGUUCUAUGUCACACUGGUCCCCAUACGACUGCGUUCGCGUGGUGAACGCCGAUCCUUAA